AUGAACAAUUUGCUGAUGACUGGACCAAAGGCUUAUCUUACAUAUGCAAGUAGUGUGCGGGUCGGUGCUCAGAAUGGGAUACACGAAUGCAAACAUCAGUUUGCUUGGGACAGGUGGAACUGCCCGGACAGCGCGCUGCAACUUUCCACACAUAAAGGCUUUAGAAGUGCAACGAGAGAGACGUCAUUUGUCCACGCAAUAAGCGCAGCUGGGGUUAUGUAUACUUUAACCAGAAACUGCAGUCUCGGAGAUUUGGACAACUGCGGAUGUGACAGUUCGAGGAACGGCAAACUCGGGGGUCGUGGAUGGCUUUGGGGAGGAUGUAGCGACAACGUGGAUUUUGGAGAGAGAAUUUCUAAACAAUACGUGGAUGCGCUCGAGACUGGACAAGACUCUCGAGCUGCAGUUAAUCUUCAUAAUAAUGAAGCUGGACGUUUGGCUGUAAAGGCGACCAUGAAGAGGAUCUGUAGGUGCCAUGGCAUGUCAGAAAGUUGCACAAUGCAAACGUGCUGGAUGCAGCUUUCUGAUUUCCGUGAGAUUGGCAAUUACCUGAAAGUGAAGCACGACCAGGCCCAGAAGCUCGAAAUGGACAAGAGACGAAUGCGCGCGGGCAACACCGCAGACAACCGCGUUGCCAUGGCAGACGCUUUCGGCUCCAUCGCCCGGACAGAGCUCAUAUAUCUAGAGGAUUCGCCGGAUUAUUGCGCCAAGAACCUGAGCCUCGGGCUUCCUGGCACAGAGGGUCGGGAGUGCCUGCAGCACGGAGAAAGUCUCACUCAGUGGGAACGGCGAAGCUGCCGCAGACUGUGCCACGAGUGCGGUCUGCGGGUGGAGGAGAGGCGCACGGAGGUAGUGAGUAGCUGCAACUGCAAGUUCCACUGGUGCUGCACAGUAAAGUGCGAGAACUGUUCUCAGGUCACUGUCAAACACGUUUGCGCCCGGAGACACGGAAGCCACGGUCACCAAAGACGCAAACCCCGAGGACCAAAAUAAAACACCCCUUAAACUAUUUUCUUAGGAAAACACCUCCACCUGCACUUUUUCCCUUAAUAUUUUUUAUUAUUUCUGUACAUAUUCAAAUAUAUAUUAAGGUAUUAUAA